AUGUCGUCGUCGAUCUCAAUAAUUGGAAGUGCUGUGUUGGUGAUGGUAAUAGCGGGAUAUUACGCUCAGAAAUACGGUUUAACGCACCCUCCGCCCCCUACGAUUGUGGGUAUUGAUUUAGGGACGACGUUCUCGUCGAUCGGUAUAUACGAAUCGAUAACGUCGAAAACAUUUAUUAUUCGUGAUGAAUAUUCAGGGAAGUAUUCGAUUCCGUCGGUGAUAUCGUUUCUAUCAAAUGGCACAAUACUAAUCGGUCACCGCGCAGUUGAACAACAAGAGAGGAAUCCGUUGAGAACGAUUUAUGACGCAAAACGUUUCGUUGGGCGUGUUUUUAGGGAGGGUGAUAGGGAUUUUGUGCACGAUAAAAAACGAUAUCCAUUCGCAAUUAAACUGAAUGCAAACGGAACGGUUUAUUUUGAGAUACCUCUUGAUAAGGGCGUUGUGAGGUGGGUGCUUAUGAACGCAAUAAUAUCGGUACCGGCCGAAUUCAAUCAGGCACAACGCAACGCCACGCAGCUGGCGGUGCAGAGAGCGGGAAUGCAUGUUGCGAGGAUUAUAAGUGAACCAACUGCGGCAGCGUUAGCCUAUGGGAUACACAAGAAAAAGGGUGUGGAGUAUAUUAUUGUUGUGGAUUUAGGUGGAGGUACGUUGGAUGUAUCGGUGUUGUGGUUACAAGGCGGGAUAUUUGUGACGUUGGCGAUGGCUGGUAAUAACAGGCUGGGUGGACAGGAUUUUAAUGAUCGCAUUCAGAAGUUUUUGAUUAAGAAAAUCGAAAAGAUGAAAGGAUCGAAACUCGACAACAAAGAAGAUGUACAGCAGUUGAGGUUGGCGAUCGAGACUGCGAAAAUACAGUUGACAACGUUUCCGUCAGCGGACAUUAACCUGAAUUUGGAUUCGGUCGGGAGGUUUAAUUAUAGGUUAACCCGCAAAGAAUUCGAGGAAUUGAACAGCGAUUUAUUCGAGAGUGUAGUGGACCCGAUAGAGGCGGCUUUGGGGGAUGCGAAUAUCGAUAUCGGGGCGGUGGAUGAGAUUAUAUUGGUGGGGGGAUCGACGCGCAUACCGAGGAUUAGGAGUAUCAUUGGCACGUUCUUUGGCAAAGCAGCGAAUCACGGAAUAGAUCCGGAUCUGGCUGUAGUGACGGGUGCAUCCGUUCAGGCCGGGGUUAUCGGCGGUUCGUGGCCACUACAGGUGAGUGAUUUUGUUGUGGACCGAAUCAAAGCUCUACGAGCAGUUGCAAAUGAAAAUGAAGAACAGUUGAUUAAAUACACGAACAUCAACUGCAUCCGAACGAACGCGAUGAAGUAUCUGCCGAAUUACUUCUGCAAAUCGCAACUCUCGAAAAUAUUCUUCCUCUACCCCGAUCCACACUUCAAGAAGUGCAAAUUUAAGUGGCGUAUUAUAUCGCCGAUGCUGAUCGCCGAGUACGCGUUCGUUUUGAGAGCGGGUGGAAUGGUAUACACUCUGACUGACGUGAAGGAAUUGAGCGAGUGGAUCGUGAAGCAUUUCAACGCGAGUAAAUUGUUUAGGGAAAUAGUUAUAGAUGAUGAAGCGAUCAGAAGUGACCUUAUAAUAGAGUUAUUAUUAACGGACGAUCCGAGUGAGGAGGGCAAGAAGGUGAGUAGGACGGGGGGAUGCAAGUGGUUGAGGUGUUUCGAGAGACUGCACGAUGAUGGCACCUGA